AUGGUGCGAGCGGGCAGAGUGCAACAUCGUCGUGGAUGGUUUAGGUCGAAGGCCCGGAAGCUGAUGGCAUUUUGUUUGGGCGGAGUUCUGCUGUUUUCGGGUGGAGGCUCUGUUGCUGCCGAGCCGGUUGAGGGGCUUCUUCGUCGGAGUUUGGUUUCACGUUCAAGUAACGUGACAGACAGUCCAAGCGAGUCAACUACCGUCGCAACAUGCAAAGCUAGCGGUAGCACAGAAGUCGCCGCAACUCCCGCGAUACUGACGUUGUCAAGGAGCAGCCUCAAUGUCCAGUUGCGAUGUUUGGGUGUCAGCAACACAGCCGCGCCGACAGAUCCGAAAAAAGUAUGUGAAGGGGAAAACGUCUCUACAGUCAGCCCCGAUUCAGCUGCUUGUACAAUCGGUCCCCACAAGUUCAGCAAAACUAUCACGCUGCGGGAGCUCCUUGGUGCAUCUCACGAGGUUACAUGGACAGAGGCUGACGUGUCAGGUGGUAGUGAAAACGGAAAAGAGCGGACACUCCAGUUGGUAGAGGCCGAUCUCCCUCGGACCGACAAGUCGUUUUUCGUCGGCUGUCAAAAACAGGAUAACCCUGAAGCCAAUUCGUCAUGCAAAGUAACAGUGAAUGUCAAUGCGAGACCCUCGUCUGUUGACGACGAAAAUGUUGUCACUUGUGCAUACGGCAAAGACAGCAACCCGAAGGCCGUACAAGUCGAAAUGUCGGAAGAAAAAAACACUCUCACCAUUGAUUGUGGCAGCGACGGAUCGAUGCAGCCUACUGAAUACGCAACUCAGUACUGCUCACCCGCCGAUGAGAAAUUGAAUGGAUGCACGAAGAACAGCUACUCUGAUAUUCUUCCCAUGUUUGAAACCAGAUGGUGGAGUGAAGCGAACGACGGUUCCCCGGCCAGACUGACUAUCCCGAAGACCGACUUUCCACGUGCAAACCAGAGCAUCCUUCUAGGUUGUAUACCGAAAGCUGAGAGCGCCGACGGCCCGGGAAAAAGAGGAGACCUCACUGAGUCUGAGUCGGCCACGACGACGUGUCGUGUGCUUGUGACUGUCAGGGCGUCGAGCUCCGCCUCCUCUGCUUUAUUCACCCCGCAAGUAGUUUAUGCAGCCUCUGGAACGGCGUUCCUAAUGGGGCUUCUUGGAGGUUCCUUGUAA